AUGUACAGAUCCCCAGAACAUCAGACAUCACUGUGCACAGAUCUCCAGAACCUCAGACGUCACUGUGCACAGAUAUCCAGAACCUCAGACAUCACUGUGCACAGAUCUCCAGAACAUCAGACGUCACUGUGCACAGUAUGUUUUUCAUCAGUGUCACCUGCACCAUAACCCUGUACCAACAGGUUAGCGCAGCAGAUACUGAUGACAGAGUCCUAAAUCCCUGGUAUCCACAAGUGGAGUCUCUCGAGGAUCUGACCUCUGCGCUAUCUUCUCUUGGCAUAAAGGUUGAGCAGCAGGAUGGCAUAUAUCAUGGACAAUGCCUGGCACCUGGGAUCAACGUUUAGUUUUCAAGACUUCUUGCCAACCAGAGGCCGGACGCCAGAUCUCCAUUGCUCUUUUUCAGGUGUUGGCUGAACUGAAUAGCUGCAGCCAUGAGUAGUGACCAAGAGAUGGCGGUGUAUGGCGUGGCCGCGCCUUAUCUCAGGAAGCCUGAAAAGGAAAGGAUCGAGGCCCAGAAUCAGCCCUUCGAUGCUAAAACCUACUGCUUUGUUACCGACACCACCAUCGAGUAUACCAAAGGGAAGAUCAAGAGCCAAGAUGGGGCGAAAACAACAGUGGAAACGGAGGAUGGGAAGACUGUAACAGUGAAACCUGAGAACGUCUUUCCAAUGAAUCCUCCCAAGUUCGAUAAAAUUGAAGAUAUGGCGAUGCUAACCCAUUUGCACGAGCCUGCUGUCCUGUAUAACCUCAAGGACCGCUACAAGGCCUGGAUGAUCUAUACAUAUUCGGGUCUGUUCUGUGUCACCGUGAACCCCUACAAGUGGCUGCCCGUGUACAACCCUGAGGUGGUGAACGCCUACCGGGGCAAGAAGCGCCAGGAGGCCCCACCCCACAUCUUCUCCAUCUCUGAUAACGCCUAUCAGUUCAUGCUGACUGAUCGUGAAAACCAGUCUAUCCUGAUCACUGGAGAAUCCGGUGCCGGGAAGACCGUGAACACCAAACGUGUCAUCCAGUACUUUGCAACAAUUGCAGCGGUCGGUGACAUGAAGAAGAAAGGGUCACCAGGCGGGAUGAAGGGAACCCUGGAGGAUCAAAUCAUUCAGGCCAAUCCCCUCCUAGAAGCCUUCGGCAACGCCAAGACCAUCAGGAACGACAACUCCUCCCGAUUUGGGAAAUUUAUCCGUAUCCACUUCGGCACCACAGGGAAGCUGGCCUCAGCGGAUAUCGAGACGUACCUGUUGGAGAAGUCCAGAGUGACCUUCCAGCUCCCGGCAGAACGAAGUUACCACAUCUUCUACCAGAUCAUGUCCAACAAGAGGCCCGAGCUCAUCGACAUGCUGUUGAUCACAACAAAUCCAUAUGAUUUUCCGAACGUCAGCCAGGGGGAGAUUACGGUGGCCAGUAUCGACGACACUGAGGAGCUGAUGGCUACGGAUAGCGCCAUCGAUAUCCUGGGCUUCUCGCCUGAAGAGAAAGUCGGCAUAUACAAGUUGACAGGCGCGGUUAUGCAUCAUGGAAUCCUGAAGUUCAAGCAAAGGCCAAGAGAGGAGCAAGCGGAGCCGGAUGGGACGGAAGUUGCUGAUAAAAUAGCCUACCUGACCGGCCUGAACUCCGCAGACUUACUGAAAGGUCUCUGCUACCCCAGGGUCAAAGUGGGCAACGAGUAUGUGACCAAGGGCCAAACCGUGGAGCAGGUGCACCAAAACGUCAAUGCUCUAUGCAAGUCUAUGUACGAGAAGCUUUUCUUUUGGAUGGUGGCUCGAAUCAAUGAGCAGCUCGACACCAAACUGCCCCGGCAGCAUUUCAUCGGGGUCCUCGACAUCGCUGGGUUUGAAAUCUUUGAGUUCAACAGCUUAGAGCAGCUCUGUAUAAAUUUCACCAAUGAGAAACUGCAACAGUUCUUCAACCAUCACAUGUUCGUCCUGGAGCAAGAGGAGUACAAGAAGGAAGGAAUCGAGUGGACAUUCAUCGACUUCGGAAUGGACCUGGCUGCCUGCAUUGAGCUUAUUGAGAAGCCAAUGGGUAUCUUCUCCAUCCUUGAGGAGGAGUGCAUGUUUCCCAAGGCGACAGACACUUCCUUUAAGAAUAAGCUUUAUGACCAGCAUCUUGGCAAGUCCAGCAACUUCCAGAAGCCAAAGCCGACCAAAGGCAAAGCGGAGGCUCACUUCUCCCUCAUGCACUAUGCUGGGACUGUGGACUACAACAUCAAGGGUUGGCUGGAAAAGAAUAAGGACCCCCUGAACGAGACGGUGGUGGGACUGUACCAGAAAUCCUCCAUGAAAAUCCUGGCCAACCUCUAUGCCACUUACGCCGCAACGGACGCUGAAGGUGCAACCAAGAAGGGGGCGAAGAAGAAGGGAUCCUCCUUCCAGACCGUGUCUGCGCUUUUCAGGGAGAACCUGAACAAGUUGAUGUCCAACCUGCGGACCACUCACCCCCACUUUGUGCGAUGCAUUAUCCCCAACGAGACCAAGACCCCAGGGGACAUGGACCACCAUCUGGUCCUGCAUCAGCUGAGGUGUAAUGGUGUCCUGGAGGGGAUCCGCAUCUGCAGGAAAGGAUUUCCAAACAGGAUCCAAUAUGCAGACUUCAAGCAAAGAUAUCGCAUCCUGAACGCCAGCGCCAUCCCUGAGGGACAAUUCAUUGACAGCAAGAAGGCCUGUGAGAAGCUCCUGGGCUCCAUUGACAUUGAUCACACUCAAUAUAAGUUUGGGCACACCAAGGUGUUUUUUAAGGCCGGGCUCCUGGGGACCCUGGAGGAGAUGAGGGACGACCGGCUGGCCCUGAUCAUCACCCGCACACAGGCCCGAUGCCGCGGACACCUGAUGAGGAUGGAGUACAAAAAGAUGAUAGAAAGGAGGGAAGCCAUCUUCAGCAUUCAGUACAACAUCCGUGCAUUCAUGAACGUCAAACACUGGCCAUGGAUGAAGCUUUACUUCAAGAUCAAGCCCCUCCUCCGCAGCGCGGAGACCGAGAAGGAAAUGGCCGCCAUGAAGGAGGAAUUCGCUAAAACCAAGGAGAAUCUGGCAAAGUCAGAGGCCAAGAGGAAGGAGCUGGAGGAGAAGAUGGUGAAACUCCUCCAGGAAAAGAACGACCUGCAGCUGCAAGUCCAGUCUGAGUCAGAGAACUUGACAGAUGCAGAGGAGAGGUGCGAUCAGCUGAUCAAGAGUAAGAUCCAACUGGAGGCCAAGAUCAAAGAGCUGAACGAGAGGCUGGAGGACGAGGAAGAGUCCAACGCUGAGCUGACCGCCAAGAAGAGGAAACUGGAGGACGAGUGCUCCGAGCUGAAGAAGGACAUCGACGACCUGGAGCUGACUCUGGCCAAGGUGGAGAAGGAGAAGCACGCCACCGAGAACAAGGUUAAAAACCUGACAGAAGAAAUGGCCGCUCUGGACGAGACCAUCGUAAAGCUGACCAAAGAGAAGAAGGCCCUGCAGGAGGCGCACCAGCAGACUCUGGAUGACCUGCAGGCUGAGGAGGACAAGGUCAACGCCCUGACCAAGCUGAAGACCAAGCUGGAGCAACAGAUUGAUGAUUUACAAGGUUCGCUGGAGCAGGAGAAGAAACUCCGUAUGGACAAUGAGCGCGGCAGGAGGAAGCUUGAGGGGGACCUGAAAAUGGCGCAGGACUCCAUCAUGGACCUGGAAAAUGACAGACAGCAGCUGGACGAGAGGCUGAAGAAGAAAGACUUUGAGAUCAGUCAGCUGCUCAGUAGGGUGGAAGAUGAACAAGUCUUGGGGAACCAACUUCAGAAGAAGAUUAAGGAGCUUCAGGCCCGCAUCGAAGAACUGGAGGAAGAGAUUGAAUCUGAGCGGGCGACUCGGGCGAAGGCUGAAAAGCAGAGAGCGGACCUGUCCCGGGAGCUGGAGGAGAUCAGUGAGAGGCUGGAGGAGGCCGGGGGGGCCACCAGCUCGCAGAUCGAGGUCAACAAGAAGAGAGAGGCCGAAUUCCAGAAGAUGCGCAGAGACCUGGAGGAGAUUUCCCUGCAGCAUGAAGCCACGGUGGCCGCUCUGCGCAAGAAGCAUGCUGACAGCGGCGCCGAAUACAGCGAGCAGAUCGACAGCCUGCAGAGGGUGAAGCAGAAGCUGGAAAAGGAGAAGAGCGAGAUGAGGAUGGAGAUCGAUGACCUUAACAGCAACCUGGAGUCCAUGACCAAGGCUAAGGUGAACUUAGAGAAGAUCUGCCGCACCCUAGAAGACCAUCUGAGCGAGUUCAAGUCCAAGACUGAGGAGAACCAGCGGAACGUGGCGGAUCUCACUAUGCAGAAAGCUCGUCUCCAGACCGAAUCAGGUGAGCUGGCCCGACAGCUGGAGGAAAGGGAGUCUCUGCUGUCCCAGCUGUCCAGAUCUAAACAGGCUUUCACCCAGCAGAUUGAGGAGCUGAGGAGAAGCCUGGAGGAAGAAGUGAAGGCCAAAAAUGCCUUGGCUCACGGCUUGCAGUCUUCUCGUCAUGAUUGUGACCUCCUGAGGGAACAAUAUGAGGAGGAGCAGGAGGCCAAGUCUGAGCUACAGAGAGCUCUGUCCAAAGCCAACGGUGAAGUGGCCCAAUGGAGGACGAAAUACGAGACUGAUGCCAUUCAGCGCACAGAGGAACUGGAAGAAGCCAAGAAAAAGUUGGCACAGCGCCUCCAAGAGGCUGAGGAGCACAUUGAGGCUGUGAAUUCUAAGUGCGCCUCCCUGGAGAAGACCAAGCAAAGGCUUCUUGGAGAGGUGGAAGACUUAAUGAUUGAUGUGGAGAGGGCCAACUCUCUGGCCGCUGCUCUGGACAAGAAGCAAAGGAACUUUGACAAGGUCCUAGCUGAGUGGCGCCAGAAAUAUGAGGAAACUCAGUCUGAACUCGAGUCUUCUCUAAAAGAAUCGAGAUCUCUGAGUACAGAACUCUUCAAAAUGAAGAAUGCCUACGAGGAGACCCUGGACCAGCUGGAGACCAUAAAGAGAGAGAACAAGAACCUGCAGCAGGAGAUCUCCGACCUCACUGAACAGGUGGCUCUGGGCACUAAGACCAUCCAUGAGCUGGAGAAGGCCAAGAAGCAGGUGGAGAUGGAGAAGAGUGAGAUGCAGUCAUCACUAGAGGAAGCAGAGGCGGCCCUGGAACAUGAAGAGGCAAAGAUCCUCCGGAUCCAGCUUGAGUUGACUCAGGUGAAGGCGGACAUCGAGCGCAGAGUGGCCGAGAAAGAUGAGGAGAUUGACCAGAUGAAGAGAAACUACCAGAGGACAAUGGAGACCAUGCAGACCGCCCUGGACUCGGAGAUGAGAAGCAGGAAUGAGGCCAUCAGACUUAAAAAGAAGAUGGAGGGCGACCUCAACGAGAUGGAGAUACAGCUCAGUCAUGCGAACCGCGUUGCGGCAGAGGCCCAGAAAUACCUGCGGAACAUACAAGGGCAGCUGAAGGAUACUCAGAUACACCUGGAUGACGCCAUCCGCAGCCAGGAAGAACUCAAGGAGCAGCUGGCCAUCGUGGAACGUAGAAGUAACCUACUGCUGGCCGAGAUUGAGGAGCUGAGGGCCUCCCUCGAACAGACCGAGAGGUCCAGAAAGGUGGCUGAGCAAGAGCUCCUGGACGCCACCGAGCGAGUACAGCUGCUGCACACUCAGAACACAAGUCUCAUCAACACCAAGAAGAAGCUGGAGAGCGAUGUCUCCCAACUACAAGGAGAGAUCGAGGACACGACCAAGGAGGCAAGGAAUGCCGAGGAGAAAGCAAAGAAAGCCAUUACUGAUGCGGCCAUGAUGGCCGAGGAACUGAAGAAAGAGCAGGACACCAGCGCUCACCUCGAGAGGAUGAAGAAGAAUCUGGAUCAGACUGUGAAGGAUCUACAGCUACGUCUGGAGGAAGCGGAACAACUGGCUCUAAAGGGGGGAAAGAAACAGGUUCAGAAGCUUGAGGCUAGGGUUAGAGAGCUGGAGUCGGAGCUGGAUAUGGAGCAGAAGAGAAAUGCGGAUGUUAUUAAGGGCCUGAGGAAAUAUGAGCGGCGGGUGAAGGAGUUGUCCUUCCAGGCUGAGGAGGACAGGAAGAACAACCUGAGGCUCCAGGAUCUGGUGGACAAACUGCAGCUGAAGGUGAAGUCCUACAAGAGGAUAACCGAGGAGGCGGAAGAACAUUCGAAUGUCCACAUGUCUAAGUGCAGGAGGGUUCAGCACGAGCUGGAGGAGGCCGAGGAGCGGGCGGACAUCGCAGAGUCCCAAGUCAACAAGCUGAGGCUGAAGACCCGGGAGACCAUCUCCACCAAGACAUUUCUGACCACUCAGGAAUAAUCCGGCAGAGAUGAAGAUGGCGGCGGUGGCGGCGCGGUGCACAUAAUGUGUAAUUACCCCAGAAGACGGUGACUACAUGCAGGACCAGUGUAUAUUAAUGGCAGUGCCUAGGUGCGGGUGGAUGGGCGUCAGCCUCAGUAUUGAGCUGUAGUAUGGUGGUGGCGGCUGCGGAGGGCGCUCGCUCAUCAGUCACUACCCUACUGCUAAUCCACAUCCUGCCGAGCCAAUGUGGUGCCCGUGCCGAUUCGGCAAAAAGAAAUGGAUCAAUAAUGUCGUAUUGCAAAAAUUCUGGAGGAAUUACAAGUUAAGUGAAGCAGAAUGGAAGGAGGGGGUGCUGUUCAGCAGACUAGGGGGAAGGGGCACUGUUAAGCAGCAUGGAAUGAGGGGCGCUGUUCAACAGACUA